CCAGUGCCUGGGAAUAAAAUUGAAGAAACCGGGAUGGAGCAACGGAGAUUCCAUCAUCUUCUGCAAGGUUUUGCGUUACUGAUUUUGAUAGGGGAAUGCCAAGCGAGAUUCGUGGUGGAAAAGAACAGCUUGACGGUGACGUCGCCGGAGAAGAUUAAAGGAACCCGCGACAGUGCGAUCGGGAACUUUGGGGUACCUCAAUACGGCGGGAGCAUGGCCGGUGCCGUGGUUUACCCCAAGGAAAACAAAAAGGCCUGUAAGAGCUUUGAUGAGUUGGGGAUUUCGUUCAAAUCCAAACCCGGUUCUCUUCCUACCUUUGUUUUGAUCGAUCGUGGAGAUUGCUUCUUUGCUUUAAAGGUUUGGAAUGUACAGAGUGCUGGUGCUUCUGCAGUGCUGGUUGCGGAUGAUAUCGAAGAACCAUUAAUAACGAUGGACACACCGGAAGAGUAUCGUUCAUCGGCGAAAUACAUCGAGAACAUAACAAUUCCAUCUGCCCUCAUCGAGAAAACUUUCGGUGACACUCUAAAGGAAGCGAUCAGUGGUGGGGAUAUGGUCAAUGUUAAUCUCGACUGGCGAGAGGCUGUCCCGCACCCUGAUGACCGUGUCGAGUACGAGUUAUGGACAAACAGCAACGAUGAAUGUGGAGUUAAAUGUGAUAUACUGAUGGGAUUUGUGAAGGAUUUCAAGGGUGCUGCUCAGGUACUCGAAAAAGGCGGCUAUACUCGAUUCACUCCCCAUUAUAUAACUUGGUAUUGCCCUCAAGCUUUUUCCCUAAGCCGACAGUGCAAAUCUCAAUGCAUCAACCAUGGAAGAUAUUGCGCACCAGAUCCCGAACAAGAUUUUAGCAGGGGUUAUGACGGAAAAGAUGUCGUUACGGAGAACUUAAGGCAACUCUGUGUUUUCAGAGUGGCAAACGAGUCCCAUAGGCCUUGGGUGUGGUGGGACUACGUGACAGACUUUCUAAUACGAUGCCCCAUGAAGGCCAAAAAAUAUAACAAGGAAUGUGCAGAUGGCGUUAUCAAAUCUCUUGGGCUUGAUGGUAAAAAGAUUGAGACGUGUAUGGGAGAUCCCGAUGCUGAUAGAGAUAAUCCUGUUCUGAAAGAAGAACAAGAUGCGCAAGUGGGGAAAGGAUCUAGAGGUGAUGUUACGAUAUUGCCUACACUCGUUGUGAACGAUCACCAGUAUCGAGGGAAGCUGGCCAAAAGUGCUGUUUUGAAGGCCAUCUGUGCUGGCUUUGAGGAGACUACUGAACCGGCCAUUUGUCUAACCGGUGAUUUGGAAACGAACGAAUGCUUGGAGAACAAUGGUGGUUGUUGGCAAGAUAAAGCAGCGAAUCUUACAGCCUGCAGGGAUACGUUUCGAGGAAGAGUAUGCGAAUGCCCUUUGGUGAAUGAUGUGCAAUUCAAAGGAGAUGGUUACAGUCACUGUGAACCUGGUGGGCCUGGAAGGUGCAAGAUUAAUAACGGAGGUUGUUGGCACGAGUCACAGCAUGGAAUUGCAUACUCUGCUUGUUUGGAUAGAGGAGAUGUUAAAUGCAAGUGUCCUCAAGGGUUUAAAGGUGACGGUGUCAAUAGUUGCCUAGAUGUUGAUGAAUGCAAGGAGAAGCAAGCCUGCCAGUGUCCUGAAUGUAGCUGCAAAAAUACAUGGGGAAGUUACGAAUGCACUUGCAGUGGAGAUCUUCUUUAUAUCAGGGAUCAUGAUACCUGCAUAAGUAAGAGCCGUUCCGAAGUAAGAUCAGCAUGGGCUGCUAUGUGGGUCAUUUUGAUCGGCUUGGCAAUGGCUGGUGGCGGCGCUUAUCUUGUUUACAAAUAUCGAUUAAGGUCAUACAUGGAUUCCGAAAUCAGAGCUAUAAUGGCACAGUACAUGCCUCUGGACGGUCAAUCGGAAGUUCCGAGCCGUGUAAGCAACGACAAUCAUGCAUGAAGAAGAAAACUCCAAUGUUUUUCACGGAGUUGAGACCAUUCAGGUUUUACAUGGUCCUUGUUAUGCUCUCAUUCAAUUAAAUUUCGAGCAUCGGU